CAACUUAACCCGGCCCAGAUACCGGCUCGCUGCCUCUCUCUCUCUCUCUCUCUCUCUCGAUUCCUCAGCGAUCUCCGGCGAGGGUUUUUAUAUUUGUUCUUUUUACAAAUUUUUGCUCCGGUGGCUUUUCGCUUGCGUUCAAAAGCACAGGUCACCCCAUCAUCUCCGAACCAGUUUAGGUUCACUAAUCUUCUGUUCGACUGAGAAAUUAGCUGCUACUUCCUUCUUCCCUCGAUGACAUUGCAUCUCUCUGCUGCGCUUUCCUUCGCCCUUCCGGUGCUACCUCCUUGCGAUCGCUCGAGAUAAAAGGAUCAUUCUCGCCAAGACGCCAACUGCAUAAGCAGUGAAAGCUCUGCAAGUUGAUGAGGAGGAGAUGUUCUCAGGAAGUUUUGGGGUACUAUCAUUGUGCCUUAGGCACCGCUGCAUUGUGCUUCGAUUCCAGGCCUUCUCAGCUGCCUCCUCUCACACUAGUAGUAGCAGGGAUAGCAAUAGCUCCAAGAAGGAACUAUUAUUGACAGAAGAGGCUGCAACAAGGUUGGACGCUUAUCGAGAACUUCAGAACCUUAAUUUUAAAUCUGCUGCCAAGAUUCUCUUCACAAAACCUCCCAAGGGGAAGAAGUUUGGGCUCGACUUCCACCUUGUGCAGCUUUUCUUUGCUUGCUUGCCUUCUUUAGCGGUUUAUUUGGUGGCUCAAUAUGCACGCUCUGAAAUUAGAAGAAUGGAGGCGGAAGUAGAAAAGAAAAAGAAGGAAACGGAGGAGAAAGAAAGAGUGAAAGAUGCUGAAGUGACCCCUACAAAAGAAGAACCAAACAAAGAGCUAUCAGAGGUGAAGACUAGGCUUGAUGCAUUGGAGGAAGCUGUGAAAGAGAUAGUUGAUGAGAAAAGAAAAAUCAUUGAUACUGAGCCAAACAGUACUAAAAAUGCUAGAAAUGUAAAGCUUGAAUCCGCUGUCAAGAACUCUGAAAAUCAAAAUGAAGCCGAAGGUGUCGGCGGCUCGAGUUCGAACAUUCAAAAUGGCAAAUUUCAACAUAAAGAUGCAGAGAUUAGUUGGACCUCGACUACAGGAGCUAAUAAAUGAAAGGAACAUUUACACACAUACCACUUUAUUUCAUGCUAUUUAUAUAUUUAAAACUCAAAACAUUAAUAUUACAUGACUAUCAUCCAUAUACAACUUUAAUAUAAAAUAUAUUACUCAUACAAUUCAUUUUUAUCAUUCACACCAUGCUAUAAACUUUAAUAUUUUAUUCCAUGCACUCAAAUUUGUUCUAUGGAUGGUAGUCUUGUAAUAUUAAUAUUUUGAGUAUUAGAUACGUAAAUAGCAUGAAAUAAAUUGCAGAAGGUUUUGGUGACCUGACUACAGGUACUAAUAAAUGAAAUUGCAGAGGGGUUCAUCUCCAUCUAUGCGUUCAUGCAUUGACUUGAUAAUCACCUUAAGCAAAUGGUCAUCUAAAGGUAUAGCCAGCCCUGAAAGUCCUUCAUUUCUUUCCAUUAUGGCUUUUGUUUAAGCAUAUACUAAAUGCUUAAUGCCACAAAUUUGCCUGUUAAGUAUUUAGCUGGUUCAUGUAGGCCAUUUUUUACUUGUUUCAUGAUUGUAGGAUGAACAAAAUGAGAAUUUGAAUGAUAAAGCUCACUAUGAUUUUGUUGCAGAUUUUAUUUCUUCUCAUCUGUUAUAUGUUGAAUGAAUGAUUUGGAUCA